AUGGGUCCCGCUGUGCGUUACCGGCCCAUGUCUCCCAACGGCUCGCGUAUGAUGGAUCCGAUGCGCGCUUCCACCGGCACAGUGCAGCUCAGCUCUUCCUACGAUCCGUACGAUCUCACCAAUCGCCCGACACACGCAGGCUAUCACCCCGAUGUCAACUACAUCCCAUCCUACGAGCCACGAUUUGCGCGGGAGCCGCGACUGGAAGCACAGCCAAUUUCCUCUACAACGUACCGUGACUCGGGCCACUCGACCAAGUUGAGGACUGAGUACGCCAUCCGUCCCAGGCAGCGGAGCAAUACCGCAUCCGCCGUCGAAAUCCAGUAUGCUCCCGGCCGAUAUGAGGCAACUGCAUCCCCGUUAUCCAGGGCGUCUCCAGUCAUAGUUCCAGGUCAUCACCGAUCCCCAAGCCCGCAGCGAGACCCAGACCGCUACGUGGUGCCCGCAUCUUCGCCCAGACACCACCACCCACGUCAUCAUGCACCCAACCCCGAUUAUGCAAGCGAUACUGGUCGUAUGGAUUUGAAGGACAGGAUGGCUAUGGCACGGAUCCCCCACAAUGCCUACCCUGCCUAUGAACACAGUCCUCGCUGGCGGUAUCCGCCGACCGGUGGUCUUCGGAAAGGAGAAGACAUUGAUGAUUAUGACGCCUAUUCUUAUACAAACCCUCGCGAACAAUUCGAGAAGGACUCGGCUGCCAGGAUGCAUCGUGUUUAUCCAAGGGACAGACCGCUCAGCUUGACUGGCCCGGACGAUCCGCAGUUGCAAUCGAGGAAAGAAUCGCGGGCCCUGGGGCCACCUCCCUCACAGAGAGGGUUUGAUCGGAUUGAAAAAGGAGGUCGUUUGCGCCGCUCAACCCAUGGCUCGGCUGAUAGCGAUGUGGAGAGCUCUAGUGCUCGACGGCAACGAGUCCCAGUGUCUUUGCACCAGGACCUUGAUGAAGGUUACUCUUCUUACCGGUCUGAGCACGAGGACCAUCGCCAUCGUCGGCAUCGACACAGGCGCCACGAUGACGAUCGCUACUCUCACGACGAACGUUCGUCGCGGAAGUCUUCAUCUAAAGCUUCAGUCAUUUCCGGGACGAGCACUGGACUGGGAACCGCCGUUCUAGGAUACCCUGACGACUUUGAUUACGAGCUAUCUCCUCGGACCGACCACCAUCGGUCUCAUGUUCGGAGCGCCCGUGACGAUGAGAAUAGGCGGCACCACAGUCGGUCCCGGAGACGACGGUCCCGACGUCGUGAUGAGAGUGACUCGGAUUCUUAUACCUCGGACGAAGACUUGAAGAAGUACCGACGGGAACCAUCGGCCCAUAGAAGGCGAGAUGGCUCCGAUGCUUCGGCGAGUAGCAGCGACCGGGUGCCUCAGUAUCUGAAUGUGAACCACGCUUCUCGGCAUCGCUCUCACUCCAGACGCCGCCCCGAGGAAAUAUCGGUCAAAGAUGGAAGCAGGCAGGAACGAUUCGGCUCUCCGGAUGAGCUGAAGAAGUCUGACUCGGCAGCGGCGAAAGAUCAGGAGCCACCUACCCCCAAGGGUAUUCUGAAGCCGCCACGUGCCAAAUUUCCCGAAGAGCCAAACCCUGUGCGAGAAGGUGUUGCCCCUCUGAAAGACGCUCACAAGAAGGGUAUUCCUCCCGGUGCUAGGUGGACGAAGAUUGACCGGCGAUUGGUUAACCCUGCUGCUUUGGAGCUUGGCCGUGAACGAUAUGAGGAACGCUCUGAAUAUGUCAUUGUCUUGCGCGUGUUGACCAAGGAGGAGAUUCAGGCGUAUGCCGUCAAAACGCAGGAAAUUCGAGAUGCUCGUCAUCACGAGUACAUUCAAGAGCGACGUCGACGCCGCGAGGAGGACCGUCGUCGAGGACGCAAAGUUGACGACUCCUCGAGCGACGAUGAAGACGACGGCUCGGAUGGAUCGCCCUUGGCUAUUGAGGCAUCAUCCGAGUCCAAAUCCAUGCCGAAGGUGCCGGCAGAUCCCGCAAAAGCAGCGGCGUGA